AUGGAUUUCGAUGCUAAAAAUCUUUCUCAGACCUGGAAGAAAUGGAAGGAAGAGGUGUUACUCUACAUCGAUAUCAGCAUGGAGAAAAAACCAGAGCCACAAAAGGUGAAACUCUUGCUGUAUCUUCUGGGACGCAAGGGGAGAGAAAUCCAUACCACGAUGCAGUUUCAAACUACCGAUGAGCAUGGGAACAAAGUGAAUAUGGAAGAGAAAAAUAUUACUGUAAAACUCAUCCUCGCAGAAUUUGACAAACACUGUGAUCCCAAGAAAAACGAAACAGUCGAGAGGUACAAAUUCUACAGUCGAAACCAGCAGACAGGUGACACAUUUGACAAAUUCUUAGCAGAAGUUAGAAUUUUGGCUGACACUUGUAACUUUGGAACUCUCAAAGACUCAAUGAUAAGAGACCGAAUUGUUUGUGGCGUAAGUGAUUCUGGGCUGCGAGAAAGGCUUCUACGUGUGACCGAUUUAGACUUGGAGAAAUGCAUUCAUGUGUGUAGAGCCACUGAAGUUUCCAAGGAGCAGAACAAGGAAAUUCAACCACAGGCUGCAGGAAUAUCUGUGCAUGCAGUCAACUCGCACAAGAAGAGCUUCAAGAAACAGCCACAAAAGUCCCAGAAACCACAGCAACAGGUACAAGCGAGACAAGAACCUAGUCAAUGCAAGUACUGUGGAAGUCGCCACGCCAAAGGAAAGCGAAAUUGCAAAGCCUAUGGCCAUCAGUGCAGGAAGUGUCGCAAACUUCAUCACUUUGAAAAUGUCUGCAAUUCCGCCAAGUCAACAGUCCUUCAAAUCCAAGAGAGUGCCGAAUCAGACUCUGAUGAUUACUUUUCUAUAUAUAGUGUAGAUCUCAAAAACAACAGCGAGUCAGUAAAUGCAAUUAACCAAGCUUCUGCAAACAAGGUAUUUGCCACCUUGUCGGUCAACGGACAGUAUGUGAAAUUUCAAGUGGACAGUGGGGCGACCUGCAACAUACUCCCAAGAAAGUAUUUGACAGAUAACAAUGCAAUCACAGAGACAGACCAAAUACUCAGCAUGUAUAACAACACGACAAUCAAACCUCUGGGCAAGUGCAACCUAAAAUUCAAAAAUCCUAAGAACGGAGGAAAAUACAAAGCGGAUUUCGUCAUACUGGAUGGCUCGUGUCAACCAAUACUUGGUUCCAAAGCUUCACAAGCCUUGAAAUUGAUCACGGUCGAGAACGAAAACAUCCUUGAAAUCAAUGUGAGAAAACAACCAUUGACAAAGGAGAACAUUUGCAGAGAAUACCAUGAUGUGUUUACUGGCCUAGGACACCUGAAAGGAGAAUACAGCCUCCAGAUUGAUCCGAGUGUCAAACCAGUUGUUCAUGCUCCACGGAAAGUUCCACUCGCAAUCAAGAAUGACUUAGAAAAGGAACUGGAGAGACUCGUACAACUGGAAAUUCUAGCCAAAGUUACUGAGCCUACACCUUGGGUCUCCAGCUUGGUUGUAGAAAGGAAGCCAAGUGGAAAACUCAGAGUCUGCAUAGACCCCCAAGACCUGAACAAGGGACUGCAGCGAGCGCACUACCCUAUGCCUACAAUAGAGGACAUCUUGCCAGAUUUGUCAGAUGCCAAAUGCUUCAGCGUCCUAGAUGCCAAAGAUGGCUUUUGGCAUGUUCGUCUGGACUACGAAAGCUCUCUUAUGACUACUUUUAACAGUCCGUUUGGCAGAUUCCGCUGGCUCCGCAUGCCAUUCGGUAUCAACACUGCGCCAGAGGAAUUUCAGCGUCGCCAGCAUCAAGCACUGGAAGGACUACCUGGAGUCAAGAGUAUACAUGAUGACAUACUGGUGUUUGGAGAAGGAAACACAGAAGCAGAAGCGCAAGAGGAUCAUGACAGAAACUUUGUCAGACUCAUGAUGAGAUGUAGAGAACAGCAGCUCAAACUCAAUAAGGACAAGAUGAAAUUUCGACAGUCAGAAGUAAAAUUCAUAGGCCACACGAUCACUAAUAAAGGACUCAAGGCAGACCCCGAAAAGGUCAAAGCAGUCCUGGAUAUGCCAAAUCCAACUGACGUAGCAGGAGUCCGACGAUUUAUUGAAUUUGUGACAUAUUUAGCAAAAUUCUUACCAAAGCUUAGUGACAUCUGUGAGCCGCUGCGCAAGUUAACACAGAAAGAUGUUGAAUGGCACUGGACCCCACAACAUGACGAAGCUGUAAAACAAGUGAAAAAUCUAGUCACAGCAGAUCCUGUGUUACAGUACUUCAAUCCAGAAAAGGCACUAACAAUACAAUGCGACGCCUCGGAGAAAGGACUUGGAGCAGCUUUGUUGCAAGAGGACAAGCCGAUUGCCUUUGCCAGCCGUGCCCUGACCGAAACGGAAACCCGCUACGCACAAAUAGAAAAGGAGCUUCUAGCAGUGAUAUUCGGGCUUGAACGUUUCAAUGUUUACACAUUUGGGAGACCAGUAUCUGUCCAAUCAGAUCACAAACCUUUGGAGAUGAUUGUGAAUAAGCCUCUUUACAAAGCGCCAAAGCGUCUCCAGAGCAUGCUGCUCAGGAUGCAAAAGUAUGAAGUAAAUCUUAAGUACCGUCCUGGAAAGAACAUGGAGCUAGCGGAUACCUUAAGUCGUGCGUAUCUGCCCAAUGAGAAACCAUCAAAGGCGGAGUCAGUAGUAGAAGCGAUAAAUAUGCUACAAUUCCUGCCAAUUGCACCUAACCGUUUGAAAGACAUUCAGGACGAAACUGCAAAGGAUAAUACCCUGCAAAAUUUAGGCGCAUCCAUCAGAAAUGGGUGGCCAGACUGCAAAACCUUAGUUCCAGAACUCAUAGUUCCCUACUUUGAGAUCAGAGAUGAGCUGUCUAUCCAAAAUGGAGUCAUUUUUAAAGGAGACAGAGCAGUUAUUCCACAAGCACUACGCAAGGAUAUGCUGACAAGGAUACAUUCAUCACACCUUGGAAUCGAGGGAUGCCUACGACGAGCCAGAGAAUCUGUGUACUGGCCACAAAUGAACGCUGAAGUUAAGGACUUCAUACAAAAGUGUGAAACAUGCCGCACUUUUGACAACAAUCAAGGGAAAGAACCUCUACAACAUCACAAGGUACCACCACGUCCCUGGGCGAAGCUUGGACUUGACAUCUUCACUUUCGACCAACGUAACUACUUGAUAGUAACUGAUUACUUCUCAAACUUCUUCGAGAUUGAUGCCUUGGACAGAAUGACAUCCCAUGAGAUCAUCAAACGACUACGAGCACAAUUCGCGAGACAUGGAAUACCAGACCUGUGUGUGUCGGACAACGGUCCUCAAUUUGCCUCCGAAGAAUUUGCUAAGUUUGCCCAACUGUGGGAAUUCCAACACGUAACAUCUUCACCACACUACCCACAAAGCAAUGGGAAAGCCGAACAAGGAGUGAAAGUUGCCAAACAAAUUCUAAAGAAAGCAAAACAUGCAAAAUCUGAUCCUUACCUUGCAUUGUUGGAUUUCAGGAACACACCUACACAGCAUGUGGGAACCAGUCCAGUCAUGAGACUUAUGGGAAGGAGAACAAAAACACUACUACCCACGAAAGGAAAGUUAUUACAGCCGAAAGAUGCACCAUUUGAGAAAGAGAAGAUCGACAAUGCCAAACAAAAACAAGCAGAGUAUUACAACAGAUCUGCACACCCAUUAUCGCAACUAUCAGUUGGAGAGACUGUCCGAGUCAAAACCCCUAAUAGACCAUGGGAGAAAGGAACGGUUACGGAAGCAAUACCGGAAAGGAGAUCAUACAAGGUAACGACCGAGGCCAGAGCAAACUAUACGAGAAACAGAAAACAUUUGAGUAAAUCAAAUGAAUUGCCGGUGUCAAGAGACAUUCCGUGUGAUCUUCCGUGUGAGACAAAUGAGGCCAAGGAAGUGGCACCCGAUGUUCCAAAGCCAGUAACUGACCCUAAGAACACAGUUACCCGUUCUGAACGUGAAGUGAAACCGCCGGUUAAAUACAAUGACUAUGUCAGAUCAUGA